AUGUUCCCUUGCACAAGCGCAUCUUUGCUGGGCAAAUGCUGCAUUACUAGGCGCAACUUUGAGCGCUUCUCAGGAGCCAAUCAAUCACUAUUCCUGCAAGUUUUUAGCCAGAGGCGAUGGCUACUGUCUUGGCCACUCGUGCAACAUGCGGCUGGGCGGUUAGCAAGGUCCAGACAGGUCCCAAAAGCUGAGAAGCUCAAUCGGCAGGCGUCCCAUCUGAAGCAGCAGGGGGAACAGUCUAGCAGAGGGGCGGGCGUAACAGCAAAGGCCUCUAAGGUGGACAAGUCAGUCGUCAUUCCAGAGCCUGACUACCGUCUUGCGUUGUCCCUUCUAGGUAUUGCUGGCACUCUCGCCAUUGGCGCCAAGGCUGAACUGUUGGCAGCUCCGUUUGGUCUUCUCGGGGCGCUUCUGCUCGUCCAAACGUCUCGAGUCAAGUUCGUGUUUGACAAGGAAACCCUGAGCGUGUUGAUUGGCAAAGAGUUGGAGUCGUCUGGCGAGAACACCUUCGUGGGCGGCGAGAACAGAUGGAGGUUUGACACCUUCACGAACUGGGAGUUUUGGUGGCCCAACUUCCCUGUACUAGUCUACUUCAAGGAGACACAAACCAAACCAGAGGGUCAGAUUCAUUUCUUCCCCGUAAUCCUGAACGGAAAGCAGUUGUACGAGGUGAUGGUGGAGCGUUGCGGCCCUUCUCAAAAUAGUGGACCCAAGUAAAGUUGCCAGCGGUAGUCCUUUUGUAAUUUAUAGAUUGAGUGAGUCUGCUAUUGGAGCUUUGAUUCAUACGAUGCUUUUGCGGCAGUGCGAUACAAUUGUGCACACAGUCUCAAGACAUUAGACCGUCUCUUUUCUUUGGUACUACUCCAUUGAGAAGUAUGCGAGACAACCAAGAAGAAUUCGGUGAGGAGAUUCCUUAUGCAAUGUGGGUGUCGAAACUUCCUCGGUUGAUCAGUCCCACAAAUCUGGUUGGCAAUCUUACAUCGACUAGCUCAUGC